AUGGGCGCGCUCUGCUGCAAGCCCGAAGUCAUCGACUUUGACGGGCCCGUCGACCUCUACCAUUUCUAUCUGCUGCGUGCCGUCGGCAAGGGCGCUUUCGGCAAGGUGCGCGUCGUCCAGCAUAAGCAGACCAAAAACCUCUAUGCGCUCAAGUACAUCAACAAGGCCAAGUGCAUCAAGAUGCGCGCCGUCUCCAACAUCAUUCAGGAGCGCAGGCUGCUCGAAGAGAUUGACUCUCCUUUUGUCUGCAAUCUGCGCUACGCCUUUCAGGACGACGAAAACAUGUUUAUGGUCCUCGACCUCAUGCUCGGUGGCGACCUGCGCUUUCACCUCGACCGCACCGGCAACAUGAGCGAAGACGUCGUUCGCUUUUACGUUGCAGAGCUCGCGCUUGGAUUGGACUACUUGCAUCGACUCCAGAUUGUCCAUCGAGAUCUCAAACCGGACAACGUGCUGCUCGACGAAAAGGGACAUGCGCACUUGACCGACUUUAACAUUGCCGUCCAUUUCUCACCGCGUCGUCCACUCACCAGCAUAGCAGGUUCGAUGGCCUACAUGGCUCCCGAAGUCUUGACCAAGCGCGGCUACCUUUCUUCGGUUGACUGGUGGUCCUUGGGCGUGGUGGCUUACGAACUACUGUUUGGCCGACGUCCUUUCCGCGGUAAGACCAACUCGGCGCUCACCCACUCGAUUCUCAAUGACCGCUGCACAUUUCCCGAAAACGUCGAGACCAUCGUCAGCCGCGAAACGGUAAGCUGCAUCAAGAGCCUCCUCGAACGAGAUCCACGCAAGCGUCUGGGCUGUCGCAGUGGCAUCGACGAGUUCAAGGCGCAUGCGUGGUUUGCCGGCAUCGACUGGCCCGCCAUGGAAGCCAAAACCGUGGCACCACCGUUUGAACCUGAUUCCAAAAAGGCCAACUUUGACGCCACACACGAACUCGAAGAGUUGCUCCUGGAGGAUAACCCCUUAAAGGCCAAGAAGCGAAAUGGAAAUGCCGACUUUGAUGCGCUACCGCCAGAAAUGCGACAGAUGGAAGAGCACUUUUUGCCGUUUGACCAUUUGAAGCAGAGGAGAAAGUCGUACUUCCGCGGGCCGCGUGGUAACGCGCCCGCGACAGCGGUAACAACAGUAGCCGGAGGCGUAGGCGUAGGGGCAGGAGCAGGAGCAGGAGCAGCGGAGCAUGGGAGGAAUUCACAGCUUUCGAGCAUGACACAUACGCUGCAAGAUCAGCCACUUUCAGAAACGGCGCAGGCAGGCGCGAUCGAGGCGGCUAGGUUGACGCCGAUACCGAUCGAGAUGCGGUCGAGGGCGAUAUCCGAGUCUGGAUCACAGAGGUCUGCGCGCGCAGAUGCGUUUAGUGAAAAAGCAUCGUUGGCGCUACCGUCGACAUCGACAUGGGCAGGAAUGCACUUGUCUCUGCCCGAGUCGUCGAUGGCGUCUAACCAGCAUUUGCAGAGCGAGUCUUCUUUGGCGCGCACGUCGGCGUAUAGGACGGCAGAGUACGAUGAAAAGACGGGUGUCGCUCAGUAG